UUGGUGGAACAGCUAGUCAGGCUCAUGGGAGGAUCAUAAAUGCUGACUGACCGGUAAAGAGGACAGAUCCCUCCGCCACUCACCUCCCAAGGCUUCGUCAUUACGUCACUCCGCAUCCGAACCUAGACCAGUCGCAGCCAUUUUACUCCGCGAAAUAAACUUCAAUCUCACACCUAGAGGAAGAAGAAAAAAACAAGACACGCAAGAUUAAUGUGCUGACAUUAAAUGGGUAUCUCAUCGUGAACCAGAGCUCGGACAGAUUCGGGGUUCAAGUCUUCGCAAUUCGGUUUGACUCCAUGGCUUAGUGUGACCCACGACAGAAACGGACGUCUCUUUCCUGUCUCCCUUACUGUCCUCGGCCACUACAGGUAGCAGUGAGACACGAGCAAAGGGACGGUGACCCCUAACCCCCUGUGGCUUGCCUCCCCUCCUGAAGAUGGAGCUCCAGGCGUCCCGCGGGCUGCUGGGAGCAGAGGGGGAUUGCGAGAUGUCGAGUCUGCUGUUGCCCAGUCCCCAAAGCGAGGCGGUGACCCAUGAGAUGGAGGAGCUGUCGCUGCAGCCGCUGCCUCCACUCAACGAACGCAAAAAUGGCCAGGACUCCCACACAAUGGCCUGUACGGAGGUAGAGACCCCCGGUGACAGCUGCACUAGGUUCAGAGCAGUCCUGCAGUUGAGGCUUCAGCAAAGACGGACCCGGGAGCAGCUGGUGGACCAGGGCAUCAUGCCACCUCUGAAGAGCCCGGCAGCUUUCCAUGGGCAGAUUCGCAGCUUGGAGAGAGCCAGGACGGAGAAUUUCCUCAAACACAAGAUCCGCAGUCGCCCGGAGAGAGCAGAGCUGAUCAGGAUGCACAUCCUGCAAGAGACGGGAGCAGAGCCGUCACUACAGGCCACCCAGAUGAGGCUGAAGAGAGCCCGGCUGGCCGACAACCUCAACGAGAUGAUCGCUCAGCGACCCGGCCCCAUGGAGCUGGUGGAGAAGAACAUCCUGCCCGUGGAUUCCAGCGUUAAACAGGCCAUCAUCGUGGGUCAGGUGAAUUAUCCCAAAGUGGUGGAUGAAGACAGCAACGAAGCCCUUUCCCCAGAGCAGCCGGCCAGCCAGGAGUCUCAGAGCUCUGUCCCCUCUCCUGCAGAGAGCAAAGUGCCAGAGACGCCCUCUCCAGCCCCAGCAGCACCUCCACCUCCACCACCACCACCUCCUCCAUCAUCAGUACCCACCACCAUGAUGCAGGCCUUCCCAGUUACGACACAAGCAACAACAGACUUUGUGAAAUUGGUCUCUGCCAGUGAGCAUCCUCCCGGCCGCCCGGCUGUCCCUCCUGCACAGACACUCACCACAGUUGCUCCUCCUAAACCAGGCCCAACAUUGGUGAAACAAAGCCAGCAGAAGUCUCCCUCCGAGAAGAGCCGCAGUAAGAAGAGCAAAGAGCCGAAGUCCAGGGUGAAGAAGCUCAAGUACCACCAGUAUGUUCCCCCGGACCAGAAGCUGGAGGCCAGUGAAGAACCCAUGGACUCCUCUUAUGCCCGACUGCUGCAGCAACAGCAGCUGUUCCUGCAGCUGCAGAUCCUCAGCCAGCAGCAGCAGCACUACAACUACCAGACUAUAUUACCAGCUCCACUCAAGCCGGCGGCCGAGGGUCAGAGCGGCAGCGCCGGCAGCCUGCCGACCUCCAUCAUGAUGUCUUUGCCCACCGCGCCUCCACCUCCCCCCGUGACUCCGUCUCCGUCUCGUCUAAACAACUCUCUCUCGAACCGCAAGCCAGGAGUCUUGCCUGCCAACCUGGAGGAGAUGAAGGUGGCUGAGCUGAAACUGGAGCUCAAGCUGCGCGGCCUCCCCGUGUCGGGGACAAAGACGGAUCUGAUAGAAAGACUGAAGCCUUUCCAGGACAAUCACUGCGCCUCCCCUCCUGCCCUCGCCACCACCAUGCACAUGGAGGUCACCCCCCCCGCUAUAGUCCUUCCCGUCCAACAGGGGGCUCCAGAGAGCGUGCACCCCACACCGCCGGUCUCACCCAUCCCCGCUGAUCGCUCCACCCUCCAGCAGGAUGGAGGCAAGUCUGAGACGUCGUUUGAGACGCACAUGGUGAACUCCGGCUGGGCGGGUCCACUGUCCUCACCUUUCCAGUCUUUCCAAGUCCCGCAGGAGAAGGACCGGCGGCUCCACGAGAAAGAGCGGCAGAUAGUGGAGUUGAUGAAGAAGCUGGAGCAGGAGCAGAAGUUGGUGGAGGAGCUGAAGAUGCAGCUGGAGGUGGAGAAGAGAGGGCAGGGCGGCUGCACCGCUGACUCUGCCUCUCCCAAAGUCACGUCUGUACCUGCCAUGAAGCCUGUUCCCACUGUCCUCAACUCGCGUGUGGUAAAAAUGGAAGGUACCGUCCUGUCCACCUGUUCGUCCACCGCGGCUACAAUCCCCAGUCAGAUCCUGGGCUCCCAGGCUCUCCCCCCUCUGCCGACGGUGGUCAAGUUGGAGGACGUAACGGUUUCUUCUGGCAAGCCGCUCCAGCUCCAGACCCAAACCCAGCUCCUCACCCAGAUCCAGCAGCAACUAACCAACAGCCCACAGCUUCUCUCCCAGACGCAGAGAAGUCCCAAACUCCAGCCGCAGUCCCAGCCCGCCGCCCCCGGCCUGCAGCAGUUCUUCAUCAGCCACCAAGGUCGGGUGUCCCAGGUGCUGGGUCAGCCUCAGACCUUGUUAACCACCACUGGCCAGGCUGGAACUCAGAUCCUCGUCCCAGUCUCGUUACCCAACAACGCCACUGCAAUCCAGCUGCCGAGCGCCGCCGUCAGCCUGCAGCCUGUUCUUCAGGCCACAGUCCCGAAUCCAGGCCUGGUUCCUCAGCUGCAAAGCACUAAGAUGGAGAUGGCCCCCAGCCAGCAGUUGACCAACCACAACUCAUUGCUGCAGACUCUGACCAUGUGCAACAACACUCUUGGUUUGGAGAACCAGGCGAGGCCUGAGCUGAGUCCCCAGUGUUUCCUGAGAAGCUCCCCAGAGAACAGGGUCUCUCCACGGGCUUCACCCAACAACCACAUCUCUAACGGACCCCUCAAUAAGUCUCCGUCUCCACAGCCGACCUUCAUCCUUCAGCACAGCUCCCUCGUCACUCAGCCUCCCAAGACCAGAGAGCCUCCGCGCUAUGAGGAGGCCAUCAAACAGAGCCGAAACAUGCACAUCAACAACGUGUCACAGGUCCCCACGGCAACCAGCCAGCAGAUGGAUGACUUGUUCGACAUCCUGAUAGAGAGCGGCGAAAUCACUCCAUUCAUCCAGCAGGACCCUCACGUGUCCCUCACUAAGACCCUCCCCGUCACAGCAAACAUCUUCACCCUACCGGUCAGCACCGUUCUCUCCAGGCCGCCUCCACAUAUCCAGGUGGCUCCUCCGCCCGCCCUGAGCCCCGGCCUGCCCAGCCUCUCCUCGCUCGCCACAGACAAUCAGCUGGAGGCCUUUCUGGAAUGCACACUGGCUGAUACGGCGCCGGCGUCAGACCCGCGCACACGGGGCCUGAUGGAGGAGCUGCAGGCCCAGCUGAUGGAGCACCAAGCUUACUCGCCCAUGGACACAUCAGACCUGUCCUUCUGUGAUUCUUCCUCGCCCUCCUCGCUCAACAUGGGCCUGUCCGACCCAGGCCUGGACAACAUGGAGUGGCUGGACCUCACCAUGCCUCCGGGUCCGGCUGGGUCUCUCACACCGCUGGGGAUCCCAACGGACUUCCUGGAUACUCAAGACCUGCAGCUGCACUGGGACUGACGGAGGGACGGACGACAGGAAGACAAGAAGAGUUGACGGAGCAGCUGAGCCGGGAGCGCUGGAUGGAUUGAGAGGAAGAGAAGAAGGAGAAGAAGGAGAAGAAGGAGAAGAAGGAGAAGAAGGAGAAGAAGGAGGAGAAGAAGGAGAAGAAGGAGAAGAAGGAGAAGAAGGAGGAGAAGAAGGAGGAGAAGAAGGAGAAGAAGGAGGAGAAGAAGAAGGAGAAGGAGAAGAAGGGCAUUAACGGCCACGAAGAGGUUGAGUUUCAACAUUUUACACAAGGUGGAGCAGCGAGGCCAUCCUGUGCCGUACCAUCCUCCCCAGUACACCACCCCAUCUGUAAUACUGUACGAGCUGCUGGACAGGCAGCGAUUCAAGCAGGAGUUUGCACAGAAGAGCCUGAAUAACGUCCCCACUGAGGUGACCCUGGAUCCUGGUCACCGCUUGUAUUGGCGAUUUAAAAGGGAUUUUAAACUCGAUGAUUUUACCGAUCGCUCGCAGAGACGAGGAGGCGGAGCCACGUGGACACUAGUAGCAUGGACUGUUUGUAAAUACUCUUAAAACCCCACUAAUACAACUUAACUGAUAUUAACCGUUUAUUUCUGCUGGAGGUUUGGCUGGUUGGCUUUCAGUGUGAACACCGGGUCUAUUUUAAUGUGUCGGCACGGUAACUAAAUGUAACAGGUGGAGGCAGUGUGAUGUUCCCCUGAAGCCUAGCUUAGAACAGCAGGUCAUUGCUACACGAUAAGAUGUAAUAAAAACCACAGAAAUAUGUGCGAUAAACAACAUUAUUGUCAUUUUAAUGCGAUAAUAUAAUGACAUAAUAAUACAAAGUGCAAACUUUAAAAGAGCUAUGAACUUUUAUACAAUAUUUAAGAAUAAUCAGACAUUGGAAUGUUAAUACAAAUAUAUAUAUAUAAAACAAUCUUCUAUAAAUAAAACAUUACUUAAAAGGACUGUGUUAAUAUAUAAUGUAGGGAAACACACCGAGCAAUACCGAGGUCAGCAAAAAGGAUCCAAGUCACGUCCAUAUGGCGACGGGCCUAAGCUUAUACUCUCAAUAAAUAAUGAGCGCGUCAUGAUGUCAUCUGUUCAUCUUGGACCGGUUCCCUUUAUGAUCGGACGCUGUGAAGCUUCAAAGGGAUUCCUCCCUCGGAGGUCGAGCGUCCGCUCACGCCGCUCCCACGAACUGAACGUGACGAGUCCGACAUGAUGUGACCGUUUCCUCCCGACCUUCCCUGACCCUGCGGUCGCAGCUGAUGAACCAAUGACUCUACAGAACACACACUUCGGAGGCUCCUCCAUCGACGUGAGAGCUAUGCACUUAAGAGGCGGAGGGAUCUGACGACGCGCCUCGUUCACCUCAAAACACGGAAAUGUGACCUUUUCAUAUCCACGGCGAUCGUUUAAUACGACGUGAUUGUCACGCGGCCAAUCGCUCCGGAGAUGCUGCAGUUGUCGUCCGAGUAUCUUAUUAUGAAUGUAAUUUUGAAAAAUGUGACUUCACUCAAAGUCGGCAGCUUUUUCACUUCUGAACUCGGCUGCAGUCGAAUCGUCGGGUUCUUUCUUUUCUGCCAGAAGCGUCUCAGUGGCGGCCGCGACGAGCCGGUUGACAUCUGGACCGUCCUUUACCAAAGGAAAGGGGAUGAUGCCGUCCCACAAUUCCUUGCUGCAGCAACAUUCGAAGCACACACUUACGUCUUCUAGAGUAAGUGCACUGAGCGCCGCUUAGCGUCUUUCUUUGACCUCUGAACGUUUUCCAUCAAGGUCGAGGAAAAGUGUUGUUUUGACUAUUCGACGGCAGCCAUGGAGACGCAUCCACGAUAAGUGAACUGCAAGUUGUAUCAAGGAGUAAAGAUGUCUCUGUGUGUGUGUGUGUGUGUGUGUGUGUGUGUCAGGAUGGGGAAUUACUGCAUCACUAGCUAACAAACGUAACUGAUGAGUUCCUCCGCUUUAACUUUUAUCAAGUGACCAAAGCAUCAUUUGGAGGAAUCGGAAUAGGAGCUGAUGCAAGUUAGUUGUUGGUGUGUGUGUGUGUGUGUGUGUGUGUGUGUGUGUGUGUGUGAGAGAGAGAGAGAGAGAGAGAGAAGCAUGUGUGUGUACUUGUCUUCCUGUCUGUUGCAUGUACCCCGGUGUCUCUGUGCAUGAUUGUACUCGCGUUUAAUCAGGAGCCGCUCCGAGCUCUUCCUCAGCCGUCGCCCACAAGUUGUCUGAAGGAAAUUUGCGAAUAUCUAUGAAAUCCAAUCAUUUGACAACAAUUAGAAAACUUUACUCUUUAAAAAGGCUUCUGAUGACUGUUCACUGUUCUUAUCUGUGUUGUUUCCGUCCGUGUGUCCUCCAGUCAUAAACGCACACGCACCUUCUUGGAGGUGUGACACACGAUGAAGAGGGCUUAGCUACGUGUGAAGCCGUCAUACAUUCAAGAUGUUUAUUUUCCACAGAUUGCAUCAUAUCCUGCUGUUUCCUUUCAAACACAAAGAUUGAGUUACUGAUUUAGUAUCUCCGUGUAAGGCUUUGGGAUGCAGUCUGACUGUAUGACACUUUGAAAUAAGAUUGCUUUUUUGUUUUUUAAUUGUCUUCUUAAUUGUCAGGAAGUGAAAUCACAUUUAAACCACUUAAAUCUGUCGUUACGUCCGCGGCCACUAGAGGGCGCUGCCUCUCCUGGUGUGGCACAUUUUCAGGGUCAUUUUCUAGCAGGGAGAAAAGUUGCAUGGGAUUAUUUCUUUAUGCAUUUUAAAUGGAUGUAUUUUCUGCCUGUGUGAUGCUGAAGUUCUGCAUGUCAACUGUGUGUGAUGCUCUUACUGCUCCGGCAGUUAUCAUCACAUCAGGACAAAUGCAAAACAUCUGACCCCCUGAAAGAAUUGCACCAAAUUCUGCAGCGACCAGCUCCGGGGCUUUGUUGUGUGUGUGUGAGAGAGAGUGUGUGUGUGUGUGUGUGUGUGAGAGAGAGAGAGAGAGUGUGUGUGUGUGUGUGUGUGUGUGUGUGUGUGUGUGUGUGUGUGAGAGCUUUUCUUCUGGUAAACUCGUGUUAAACCACUUGGACCCUCAUGUUCCUGCUUGGAGGUGUAUAACUCUUUUUCCACAUUGCUGCGAGAUUUAAAUCCUACAGAGGAUGACGAGUAAGAAUCACUAAUUGAUUCACGUGUAUCCUAGAAGAGAUGUCAAGUUAAUAGUGUUUUAUUUUAUUAUUAUUAUUUGUACAGCUUCUAAGGCUGUGACAUUUGAUAUUAUGUUGCCAAAAAGGCAGUGGAACAUAUUCUCACAUUCUGUUUCUUACGUUUCUUUGUGUUUAUCACUUGAAUAUUAUUACAUUUAAUCUUGUUUUCAUGCUCGUUUAAAAGCGGAGGAUUUAAUGUGUAUAUUUUUGGUUUGCAGAGGGUUUUUUUCCAGACAGGGAAAAGCAAUAAUGUCUGCUCUCCCUUAAUAUAAUGUCUGUCAGACCUGGUUUCAUUAAUAUAACUACCAUACAGUUUCUGAUUUCAAAAGCACUUAAUAUCUGAGUGGUUUUAGCGGCACGUCCUGUCGCCGUCUCUUCUUUCCUAGUUGGAGUUGGAAGGUGUUGACUCGCUUCAGCUGCAGCAUUUAUCUUCAUGUAAACGUUUGUGUAGAAGCUGAACUUCAAAUCAGACGAGACGUUUCAUUGCAAUCGUUUAUGUUUUGGGGACAUUUCCAUCGUUCAUUGUAGCGGACUCUCCUCUGCAUCUCCACCACCCUCGCCAUGCCUCUUGUUGUCUGUAUGCCAUAUGUUUUGCACAUUGUGUACAUAUUUAUAUAGAUGUAAUGCAUAUUUUUCUACAUGUGUAACAUCCAUGGGUUCUCUAUUUUGUAAAUACUCUAAAAGAUGUAUAUAAGUACUGUAUGCCUUUACGUGUCAAUAAAAUGUGGUGUACUGUGAAA